CCGCUCUCCUCAAACCAGCAACUCCGCCGUCGAACCCAUGUGCCCAUCCCCAUCACCGCGCAACCAAUUCGACGUGCCGACCGCCACUUGCCACCAUGCCGCCGCCUAGUUAAAUCCGCGACGGCCGAGCCGCACCAGUGGUAGUAGUAGCAGCAGUCAACACCAACCACCAAAGCUCUUCUUGCGCGCGGCCAGCAAUGGCGAGAGGUCGGGAAGAAGGCGAGGUCCGGAAGCUGGUGCUGGGCCGGUACGAGCUGGGCCGGAUGCUGGGGCAGGGCUCCUUCGCCAAGGUCUACUACGCGCGCGACCUGCGCGACGGCCACAGCGUGGCCAUCAAGGUCAUCGACAAGGCGCGGCUCCGGCGCACGGAGGGCAUGGUGGAGCAGCUGCGGCGCGAGAUCUCCGUCAUGCGGAUGGUGCGCCACCCCAACGUCGUCGGCAUCCGGGAGGUGCUCGCCAGCCGCGAGCGCGUCUUCGUCGUCAUGGAGUACGCGCGCGGCGGGGAGCUCUUCGCCAAGGUGGCCCGCGGCCGCCUCACGGAGGACGCGGCCCGCCGCUACUUCCAGCAGCUCAUCUCCGCCGUCGGCUUCUGCCACAGCCGCGGCGUCGCGCACCGGGACCUCAAGCCCGAGAACCUGCUGCUCGACGAGGACGGCCGGCUCAAGGUCACCGACUUCGGCCUCGCCGCGCUGCCCGAGCAGCUGCGGCAGGACGGGCUGCUCCACACGCAGUGCGGCACGCCGGCGUACGUGGCCCCCGAGGUGCUCCGGGGCCGCGGCUACGACGGCGCCAGGGCGGACAUGUGGUCCUGCGGCGUCGUGCUCUACGUGCUGCUCUGCGGCUUCCUCCCGUUCCAGCACGAGAACUACGCCAAGAUGUACCAGAGGAUCUUCAAGGGCGAGUACCAGAUGCCGCCCUGGGUCUCCGGCGAGGCGCGCCGCCUCAUCGGCCGCCUGCUUGCCGUCGACCCCGCCAAGCGCGUCACCCUCCCGGAGCUCAUGCUCACGCCCUGGGUCAGGAAGGGCUUCGUGCCGCCCGUCCCCUCCUCCUCCUCCUCCUCCUCUGUAUCACCCUCACCCAGGAAGUGGGACGACGACGACAACGGCAUCCUCGUCGACGGCACCAUCUCCCCGCGGACAUGCAACGCGUUCCAGCUCAUCUCCUCCAUGUCCUCCGGCUUCGACCUAUCCGGGCUGUUCGAGAGCGAGCAGAAGGCCGCAACGGUAUUCACCUCCCACUCCCCGGCGGCCGCCGUGUUCGAGAAGCUGGAGGCCGUGGGCCGGGCGCUCGGGUACAACACGACCAGAGGGAAAGGGUGGAGGAUCAGAAUGGAGGCCAAGGCCGACGGAGCCAACGGGAGGCUCGCGGUCACCGCCGAGGUGUUCGAGGUCGCCGCCGACGUCACGGUGGUCGAGUUCGCGCACGACGCCGGCGACGCGCUCGACUUCAACAAGUUCUGCGCCGAGGACGUGCGGCCAGGGCUCGCGGACAUUGUCUGGGCGUGGCAGGGCGACGUGCCCACCUUGCCGCCGGCCGCCGUCCUUGUCUAAUCUCAACAUCAAAGCCCUUAUGGCAUUCGAUUUUCUGUGCAUACUACGAGCCAAGUUUUAGUACAGUAGCAAUUCAGUGUAGAACUUCCACGGACAGCUUUGGGCUGUAAUAGUUUCUUCGGGUCAACUGGACAAGAGGAGGGGGGUGUAUACGAUGAGAGUCGCGGAACAUGGCCUUGCCAAGCGAUGUGUACAUAGU